AUGGGAGAUGGAAGACAAAGGCGCAGAUGGGAGUACUGGUGGGUUGCUGUGCGUUUCUCUCUGCUGCUGUGCUUCGGAGAGCAGGUUUCAGCACAGAUAAGGUACUCUAUUCCAGAGGAGGUGAAAGAGGGAUCUGUUGUUGGAAAUGUUGCUAAGGAUUUGGGUCUUGACGUCAGUACUUUGGUGGAGAGACGGUUUCGUAUCGUUUCUGGAUCUAAGGACGCUCUUUUCCACGUAAAUCAGAACAAUGGCGUCUUGUAUGUUCAUAAAAACAUGGACCGAGAGGAGCUCUGUGGUGGCAAUGGCGCUUGCUUGAUGGACCUGAAAAUGGUUGUUGAAAAUCCUCUAGAAAUUCACUAUAUCGGGGUAGAAAUAACGGAUGUUAAUGACCACUCGCCCAGUUUUGCUGAAAAAGACGUACAGUUGCAAAUAGCUGAGAAUACCCUCAUGGGGGCACGCUUUGAACUCCAGACAGCGCGUGAUUUAGACAUUGAAAUCAAUGCUGUCCGUGUGUACAGGUUGAGCCAGAAUGAUCAUUUUGAUUUAGAAGUGAAAGACAAUGGGGAGGAGGAUAAACUUCUGUUUUUAGUUUUAAGUAAGCCACUUGACAGAGAGCAAAAUUGCAAGCAUGAAUUAUUGUUGACUGCAGUCGAUGGAGGUAAUCCACCGAAGUCAGGUUUACUUAAUGUAACUGUCAUAGUUCUGGACACCAAUGAUAAUCGACCUGUUUUUAAUCAAGACAUAUAUUCCGUUUCUUUAAAGGAGAAUUCCCCAAUUGGCACAAUUGUUACCGCUGUUAAUGCGUCUGAUGCUGAUGCCGGUUUAAAUGGUGCGGUAGAAUACUCUCUGGGAAGAGCAGUGAAACGUAAAGUAUAUGACAUUUUCCAGUUGGACAGCGUUACUGGUGAGAUUAAAGUGAAAGGUGAAGUUGACUUUGAGGAAAAUGAGGUUUACCGAUUAAAUGUACAGGCGUCUGAUAAAGGUCAGCCUCCUCUGACUGUUGACUGUAGAGUUAUUAUAAAGGUAGUAGAUGUGAAUGACAAUAAACCAGAGAUUGAUGUAACAUCCCUCUCCAAUACAAUAGGUGAAGAUUCAAAACCAGGAACUGUUAUUUCUCUAGUUAGUGUGACAGAUAAAGAUUCUGGGAUUAAUGGUAAUGUCAUAUCUACAAUAACAGACAACGUGCCAUUUGAAUUAAAACCUUCAUUUAAGGACAAUGUGUUUUCUAUCGUCACAAAGGGACGUUUAGACAGAGAAUUCGUGUCCCAUUAUGACAUCACAAUAACAGCCACUGACUGUGGUCAGCCUCCUCUGUCCACAUUCAAAACUCUGAGCGUCCAGAUAUCAGAUGUGAACGAUAACAGUCCAGAAUUCUCCCAAAACCCCUUUGAGCUGUACUUAGUGGAAAAUAACGCUCCUGGUGCAUCGAUAUUCUCUGUAAGCGCUUGUGAUAAAGACUUGAAUGAAAAUGCUGCGAUUUCAUAUCACAUAGUAAGAGAAGGGACACAGAAUGAUAUGGCAUCUUUCCUGAAUAUAAAUUCUGAUAAUGGAGAUAUCUCCGCGCUGAAAAGCUUUGACUUUGAAACUCUGAAAACAUUCCAAUUCCAAGUUGUAGCUACAGACUCUGGAACUCCGUUAAAAAGCAGCAACGUCACAGUUAACGUGUUCAUUCUGGAUCAGAACGACAACGCUCCAGUGAUCUUGUAUCCAGUCAGCGCCAACGGUUCCGCUGAAGGUGUGGAGGAGAUUCCCCGCAAUGUGAACGCAGACCAUUUGGUGACUAAAGUGAGAGCCUAUGACGCUGAUAUAGGAUAUAACGGCUGGUUAUUAUUUUCACUGCAGGAAGUUACUGACCACAGUCUCUUUGCUUUGGACCGCUAUACGGGACAGAUAAUGACACUUCGGUCAUUCACAGAGACAGACGAGGCUGAGCAUAAACUGGUCAUACUGGUAAAAGACAAUGGGAACGUUUCACUCUCAGCAACAGCUACUGUGACUAUCAACGUCGUGGAGCCCAAAGAGGCUUUUGCAGCUUCUGAUGUUAAAAGUUCAGUAAAAGAUGACGAGGAGGAGAACAGCGUUACAUUUUAUUUGAUCAUUACUUUGGGGUCAGUUUCAACGCUUUUUCUCAUCAGUAUCGUCGUGUUGAUUGUAAUGCAGUGCUCCAAACCCACAGACUAUUCCUCCAAGUAUUUACAAGAUGUGAAUAACGACGGGACACUGUGCCACAGCAUCCAGUACAGAUCCGGAGACAAACGGUACAUGUUAGUUGGACCCAGAAUGAGUAUAGGUUCUACUAUUGUCCCGGGCAGCAAUGGGAAUACUCUAGUGUUACAAGAACAGAGGAGCAGAGCUUCUGGAGAGAACUGA